AUAUGAAUAGCGGCGAUAGUUAUCAGCGAUCGAUCGAUCAAACGAUCAGAUGUCGAGCACCUGUCACUGCUUCAUAUACCGCCAACCGAUGAUAAUAACGGCAACAAAAAUUCAGUCUAUCUUAUCGCAGCUCAUCAGCACUGGUAGCACCUAAAGGCCUAAUAAUAAAGUUGUCUAAUAUUUAUGGUGCGAUUCGACUGCCGACUGCGCUAAACACGAUUUGAUGCCAAUCGUGAAAAACUUAUACAACUUUACACCAGAUAUUACCGACAAUUGUGAUGAAACCGAUGAUAAACCAAAAGUACUGUGGAGUGUAUACUAUAAUCAACAUUUCUCACGAUGUGUCCAACCAAUUGAUUUGCCAGAAAAUGUGUGGACAACUACACCGCCGGUUAGCGAACUUGAUUUUGAUUUGGCAAUCAAUGAGGCUCGUACACUGUUUAGUAAAAUGUUUCCCAACGAUGAGUUCCUCCCUCGAGCUUCCGAUCCAAACGAAAUACUAUUUGAUGGCCAAACAAACGAUAUCGAAAUGAAUGAACCAAACAAUCAACCAAUUGAUGAACCGAUUGUCAAUAAUAAUAAUAAUAAUUAA